ACUCAAUGGAUAAGUCAAAGUGGAUAUGAACUUGUUGAUAUUCUUCGAUUAUGUAAAAUAUCAUCUUUUAAUGAAAAUAAGAAAAAUAAUAAUAACAAUUUAACACUUGAAACAUGUUUACGAUAUUUUCUUGAUGAUGAUAACAUUCGUCGAAUUGUUAUUAAUAAUACAAAAAUAGCCAUUGGUAACAGCAAAAAAAUUUUAUUUCGUAGAGAUAAUCUUUUACUUUCAAAUGUAUCAAAUUAUGUUGAACAUUUAUUUAUAUGGCGUAUUUUAUGUCAAUUAAUAAAUGAAGAAGAUGAUGAUAAUACAAAUAUUCAUCCAGAUUUUCAUGAAUUUAUUUCGUAUUUUUAUCGUUUAAUUAAAUCAUCUGUCAAUAAGAAAUUAUCUUCAAUAGAAGAAUUUAUUAUAUGUCAAUAUGCAUCAAUUCUUUCAACAUUUGAUAUGCUUGAUAUUUAUCGUCGUAAAUGUAUUGAAGCUAUAGGUCGUUGUAUACUUGUACAUUUUGGACAAUAUGAAACAAUAAUUGAACAAGCACUUCAACUUGUUCGUCGUAUUCAUCCAUCAAUCGAUACAAUUAAUGAACGAUAUCAAUUAAUAACAUAUACAUUAAAUGAUAUUAUUCAACGUUGUCAAAACGAACAAUUUGAAGAAUUAACAUUUAUACAAUGUAUGACAAUAGCAAAAGUAUUUAUUGAACAAGAAAAAGAACUCGAAUUAAAUAAUACAGAUUUAAAACAAUUACUCGAUUCAUUAAUCAAAUCAGGUUUGUCACAUAAACAUAUUGAUAUUCAAUCUCAAACUUUAUCAACAUUACGAUCUCUUAUGUGUCACUCUCGACAAGCAGCAAUUGAAUAUAUCAAACAAAACCUUCAUAUUACCAAUAAAAUCGAAAAUAUCGUAUUAAAAUGUCAAUCAAUAUCAACUUUUAUCGAUGUUCUUCUUGUUUAUGGUCUUGAUAUUUUAACAAAUAUGGAUUUAUCAAAUUUAACACCUUCUCAAUUUACAACACAAUAUCUUUUAAAUCUGUUUGAUGAACGAGUAAUCGAUAUAUCUGUUAGUUCUCGUCUUGAACCAAAUAUUACUUUACUUAAAAUUAUACUUGAUUAUCGUUUUUCAAAUGAUUACAGAUCUAUUAAUCAAAAUCAACGAGAUGAUAUAACUUCUUUCUUCUAUUUUUUUAUUCAUUUAUCAAUUUCUAACGUUUUACUUAUUGAAGAAUUGACAUUUGAUCUUGUUUCUCGUUAUUUACCUUUCGUAUCAGAUAAUAGUACAAUGGCUUAUAAAUCAAUUUUAAUUGAAUCAAUGUGUUAUUUUUGUAUUGAAUUACUUUCUUUACCAACUUUACCAAUUGAUAAAUCAAAUGAAGAACAUUCUCAUUAUCAUCUUGCUAUAAAUCUUCUUGAAUCAAUUCAUAGUUCAACUAAUAAUCGUACAUCAUUUAUUAUAAAAUCUUAUUUAAAUACAAUAAAACAUCUUCAAUUUCAAUAUAUGAAUAAAGAACAAUUACAAAUUAUUCUUGAUUUAAUUAUUCAACUUCGACAAUAUCCAAAUUUACCAUUGAUUAUAUCAAAUUCUAUAAAAAAUAUUGAAGAACAAAUACAAUCAUGUUUUAAAUUAAUCAAGAAAUUAACAAAUGGUAACAAUGAUGAUAAACGAUCUCGUUCACCUUCACCAUCAUCUCCAAGAAAUUCUAAACGUAUUUCUUCAUCAUCAAAUGCACUUCGUGAUCGAACUAAUAAUAUAAUUGUUAAUAAUGAUAAUCGAUCAUUAUCAAAAGGCAUUAAAAGAAAAUUAAAUACAAAUCGUUAUAUGACACUUGAUUUUGAAAAUGAUACAGAUGAUUUUUUCUAG